CAUGGCUGCACCCACAGCACCGAGAGGACCACCGGCCUCCAGCCCGCCCGGGUUUGAAGGUUUUCCGUUUGCAGUGACCGGCAGACCGUCGGAGGACAGCUCCGGUAAGGAGCAGGAGCAAACCGGGGAUGUGAAAAAGAAGCCAUGCAGGGCUUGUACGGACUUUAAAUCGUGGAUGAAGGUGCAGAAGAAGCAGACGACAACUGCCACACAGGAAACCCGAGCUGCAGAGUCAGAGCCACAACAAGACCCACAGUGUCCACUGGACAGGGAAGAGUUGGGGCGCAACACCUGGUCUUUCCUGCACACCAUGGCAGCAUAUUACCCCGAUCAUCCGUCUACCACCCAGCAGAAAGAGAUGGGGCAGUUCAUCAACCUUUUCUCCAAGUUCUUCCCCUGUGAUGAAUGUGCAGAAGACCUCAGGGGCAGAUUGAAAACCAAUCAGCCGAACACCAGCAGUCGCCAUGCUCUGUCCCAGUGGCUCUGUUAUCUCCAUAAUGACAUCAACGUUCGGCUGGGCAAGCCCGAGUUCGACUGCUCACGCGUGGAUGAGAGGUGGAGAGAUGGAUGGAAGGAUGGUUCCUGUGACUGAGAGAUCUUGUAUGAGUGCUGAGAGAUAUGAGGACUGUGAUGAGACCUGAGAGGAAAAGUUCCUCCCAUCAGUGCAAAUCUUUGAUGUGGAAACACCACAAAGUAGAGCUCAGGUCUCUGUUUUGGAGAAAAUUCACUGGAAGAGAGAUGAAUGAUAGAUCUUACAUGGUUUUUCUUGUUUGGUGGUGCGUUAAUUUAACUGAUCUGGUAAUAAACUUAAGGGUACAAAACAA